GAUCGAAUGUUUGAGAAAAUAUAUGUGCUGCCACCAAUGGAUGACUCGGCAAAGGAAGCUUAUGGCUCUAUUGAAAGGAUGCACAUAAUUCCAAUGAUGUUUUUGCAUACAAAAGCAGCUAAACUUGCCUCAUGCACUCUUAUGAAUACUGUGCCAGUUUGGAGUGAAAUUGUUGAACGAGUGAAUUACGUUGAUCGAUAUUUGUACGCUUUAUUUCGGUAUUGGAGCCCCAAUGUGAAAAUUAUCUUCGGUGUCAGCGAAGAAUUGAAAGUAGAUUUGGAGAAUUCCGCAACAUUUUGGAAAAAUAUAUUUUUUCCAGCUCGUAAAGGGCUGAUUUCAAUUCCAAGGCUGAUUUAUCGCGUCGUAGAAUAUCGCAUGCCUGUAGGAAACGAGUUCAGAUUGUACAAUAUAGCUAUCAUUAUCCAUAAUAACCCUAGUGAUGCUGUAUCUGAUAAAAAAAGACUUUGUCCAGUUCCAACUUACGGAUGGGAAGAUAUCAGAAAUGAUGAUCCUGAAAAGGGUUUGAGUUACGCAUGCGCUAUGGUUCCAAGCAUUAAUAUGAGAUUGGGCGCCUAUGAUAAAUAUGACUUUCCGAAAGGAUAUCAUGGAACUUUACAACUGGUCAUAAUGCCAGUUGUGAAAAACGGAGACUAUUCGGGUCAUGUCGACGUAAGAGGCGAUAUUAUGAAUAAAAUGAAAGAAUUGUUCCCGGAUCAGGACAUUCCACAAACUUGAAUUUAAGAAUAUUUUUUCAAGGAACAGGCGUUUAGGGGAAAACUACAUUUUUUGCAAAAAAUUGAAGGAAAAUUGAAAAUGAAAUACGCUAACUUACGUAGAAGUCAUCAACUAAAAACGAUUUGAAUGCAUACCUUCCUCCCACCCACCCACCUU